AUGCGCUGUGCGCCAACAGCCGGAGCAGCCCUGGUGCUGUGCGCUGCCACCGCCGGGCUGCUGAGCGCGCAGGGCCGCCCGGAGCCUCCCGAGAAGCCGCGCUUCGCCUCCUGGGACGAGGUGAAUGUGCUGGCGCACGGGCUCCUGCAGCUCGGCAACGGGCUACGCGAGCACGUGGAGCGCACCCGUGGGCAGCUGGGCGAGCUGGAGCGGCGUCUGGGCUCGUGCGGGGCCGCCUGCAAGGAUCCUGAGGGGUCAGCCGCACCGCCGUUCGCCCCGGAGAAUCUGGUCCCUCCUGGCGGCGAUGCAGUCCCGGAGACCCUCCGCAGCUUUCAGACUCAGCUCAAGGCUCAGAACAGCAGGAUCCAGCAACUCUUCCAGAAGGUGGCCCAGCAGCAGCGGCACCUGGAGAAGCAGCACCUGAGAAUCCAGAAUCUGCAGAGCCAGAUGGGCCACUUGGCCCCCAUGCACCUGGGCCAUGGGGUGGCCAAGCGUGCCAGGAGGAAGAGGCUACCCAAGAUGGCCCAACUUGCUGGCCCAGCUCAAAAUAUCAGCCGCUUGCACAGACUGCCCAGGGACUGCCAAGAGCUGUUUGAAGAGGGAGAGAGGCAAAGUGGAUUGUUCCAGAUCCAGCCCCGGGGGUCCUCCUCAUUCCUGGUUAACUGCAAGAUGACCUCAGAUGGAGGCUGGACUGUAAUUCAGAGGCGCCAGGAUGGCUCAGUCGACUUUAACCAGCCCUGGGACGCCUACAAGGAUGGCUUCGGAGACCCCCAAGGUGAGUUCUGGCUGGGCCUGGAGAAGGUGCACCGCAUCAUGGGGGAGCGUGGCAGCCGCCUGGCUGUGCAGCUGCAGGACUGGGAGGGCAAUGCCGAGUCAUUGCAGUUCCCUGUCCACCUGGGUGGCGAAGACACAGCCUACAGCCUGCAGCUCACGGCGCCCGUGGCCAGCAAACUGGGUGCCACCACCUUCUCACCCAGCGGCCUCUCCCUGCCUUUCUCCACUUGGGACCAAGACCACGACCUCCGCGGAGACAAGAACUGUGCAAAGAGCCUCUCUGGUGGCUGGUGGUUCGGUACCUGCGGCCACUCCAAUCUUAAUGGCCAGUAUUUCCAUUCCAUCCCGCGGCAGCGGCAGCAGCUUAAGAAGGGCAUCUUCUGGAAGACCUGGCGGGGCCGCUACUACCCGCUGCAGGCCACCGCCAUGCUGAUCCAGCCCACAGCGGCCGAAGCAGCCUCCUAGCCUCCUCGCUGGGGCCUGGUCCCAGGCUCCUGGAGGACAGGGACUCUGAUUCUGGCCCAGCAUGUGGCCACUCCCUGCCUGGGCAGGGGCUCCAAGCAGGGGCCACCUGAAACCUCAUGGACAGAGAAGAUGUCCACGACUGGAGAUGCCCCCGCGAUGAGUGGGGGGGCUGCAGGAAAUGCCCUCUGAGAAGAACAGAGCUGCAGGGCUGCAGGGCACAGACCCCGAAAGCGUGGGACAUGGGGGCAUUGAAGCCCACUCCUCGCCCGCCCGAGGAGUAUGGGACGCAGAGGGACCACUCGGGGGCAGCCAGGCCGGCCCUUGAUGGCGGAUUCAGUCACGUUGACUGGCUGGGGGACCAGGACUCCCGUAGACCCCGGGCGCCCUUGUGGUGCUGUAGCGUGUGGGUGCUAUAGGCGAGCCCACGCCGACGGCAUCUGGGCUGAGCCCACGGAAUUCUUGGAAUAAAAACAACCUCAGAACA